CAAGACGAAGCUCGAAGGACUACGCUUCGAGGGGAUCGCGAGGGGGGCUGCGUUAAAAACUUCAGCAAACGCUUCAAUGCCACGCUUGAGCAGGUUUUGUCGGUUGCUCAGGUGUCAGCAAGCUGCUGGGAAGUAUCAGAGAAACUUCAAGCGCGGGCGGCUGCAUGUUUGUGAGUACUAUGAUUUUAUACCUUUUUUUUUUUCUUUAGUUUUUUCUGAGUGCCGCAGCAGCAGCAGCCGCUCCACCUACUUGGUGGAGCUGGGAAGCAACAAGCACUAGACCACGGGCGGAGGGCGUUCCGCUCUUGGGUCUGGGGUGGAGCGACUUGCCGCGGGGGGGCUCCUUGUUGUAGUCAACGGAGCAGGGAGGGGCAUCGGGUGGGUGGUGGUUAAAGGGUCCCUCCAGGUGCUGAGGGCGACUGCUUUCCCCCGGCGCAAUCGCUGGGCAGCAGUGUUUGUGCGCUUGCUGCUGAUGUUGGAUUGCUAGGCAGCCACUAGGAAGGUCGGCCGCCUGCUGUGGUGGUCGGCGUCUACUCCUGCGCAGCGACCUUCGAGCAGGUGGCGCGACCUCUGCGAGAGUUGUGGCUGCGACCGCUCUCGUGGUGUGAACCUAGCGAGGGCCCUCGCCUCGGCUUGUGCGGCUGCAGCUUUUUGCGCUCUUGGGGGCUAUUUUUAAUGUCUUGCUCCGAGCGGCGCAACCUGCGGCCCGUGCUCUUACCUUCGGAGGAUCUGCGCAAGCGUGUGACCACACUCGCGCCUCCAUUGACUUGCCGCGCAGAAGCUUCCGCCGAGUAGUGGCGUGCUGAAUCAUGUGCGGAGACCAUCAGCCGGAGGCGUGGAGCAUGAGGAUGGGCGAGCUACUCCCUGGGCCAAGUAGGAGGACGCCCUGACCUGGCCACCUCCUCGCGGCUAUUCUCGGCGACCGCGGUCCUUGGUCGUGAUGUCGAUGGCUGGUCGAGCGCUGACGUGAUCGGGGAGCGCUGCUUCUUACUUCUUUACUUCCCGCAGAACGGGCCACGUUAGGGGCAGCCAGUGGGCUCUCCGCUGGCGGUACUUGCGCGCUGCGUUGGUACUUGGGUGCUGACAGCUUAGGGCGGCCGGGCAUCAUCUACGAGAAGCGCCCUCUAUCGUUUGGGGGUUACUCAAUGGCACCAGGUGCAGCGCCUGUUCUUGAACUACUCGCGGCGCUGAUGUUACUUGCUGCGGCCGUCGCGUACGAUCAUCAUGCAGCAGAUGGGAGGAGACAAGGCGGACAACAAGAGCGACGCAGCGAGCUCGAGGACGAGAUAAGUAGGGCGGAGGACGCUGCGGCUCUCGCUUUUCUUUGAAGUGGGGGCGAAGGGCCAGGGCUGCGCUGGGCGCGGUCGCUGCAGCUCGGGGCGGCGCUGCUGACGUUGCGCAGCUGCUUCGUUUCUGCUCGUGUGCGUCUAAGUCUCGCCCGCAUCUUCUGGGCAGCGAGCCAGUUUGAGAAGCAGGCCCCGGGUGGGUCGAUCUUGAAGAAGUUGCAAGAUGAUUUGAGGGACUCUUCCCCCUUUACUCUUGCAGCUCGCGCGCUGCAGCCAGGGCAAUCGUCUAGCGCUGCUCCUGGGGUAGCUGCUUGGCGAUAAUUUUCCUCGCAGCUGGUGGCAGGAAGUGCGUGGCAGUGGAGGCGCUUACUGGUUACUUACUUUCUUGCGCCUUUCGUCUCCGCUUAUUUUUUUGAUGAUGGAAGGGGAUGGCGCCUGUAGUUUUGUUUACGCUUAUACAUAGUAUGAUAUUAAAGCACUAGCAUGAAGAAGGUCGCUCUACUAGUCGACGUUGAUAGAUGUAGACCCAGCUGCUGGCGCUGGCGUUGCUUCUUUGUCGUAUUCAAAUAUGACCGGCGGGCGCGAGCGUCAGCUGCUUCUCUCGCUAAUAUUUUCGGCCAUCAGGCUCGCCUGCUUGGCGUGGGGCUUGGUGGCUGACGCGUAGGCGAGAGCGGCGGGGGUGGUCGUGGCGUUUGUUCUCGGCCCGUCUCGUAUUGCAGCUUCAGCUCCUGGGGAGUGGAUGUAGCUGCCGCGGAGGCGGGUCCCAGCCCUCUCUAGCAGAUCGCAGCCCCAAGCUGCUGUGUUGUGCGUGGUAGUGGUUGUUUAGCUUGGUCGCCAUUUAUCUGCAGCUUGUUAGUGAGGAGGGUCCAGUAGGAUUCUGCAAGCCCAGCGCCGUCGGCCGCGGGUGGCGCUCGCUUUGGGUGUUAUUCAGUAGGAGCAAGAAGGCGCAGGUGUGGAGGAGGCUGCCCCACCGCGACCGGGUCAAGCCUGGGAUCGGGCGUGCUGCUUCUUGUACUAGGUGGAAACCCAGGCACGCAACAAGUAGCGAAACAAGACGGGGACGAGCGGCGUGGCCGGGCAACUACAUGCUCCCGGGACCGCUGCAGGAGCUUGCGUGAAGGCCAGCGGCGUGCCGCCGGGGGCUAUUUCUUGUUCUUUUUCAUAGUUUGCCGCUGCGUAGUUGUACUAGCACGCAAGAACAGGGCGAACGCGGUCGCGCGGUGGCCGCGGCGACCGUGCUGGCAGGCAGUCGGUGGCCGUUGCUCUGUAACAACGUACAACAUGAAAAGGAACCUGCUCGCUUGGUUGCGUGUAUCGUGCUACAUGCUUGGAGGGGUUGCGCCGGUUCUGUAGCAUACACGCAAGACGGAGACGUCGCGGCAGCUUUUGAAGGCAGGAGGCCAGACAGGCGCAUGAAGAUCCAGCAGACGCUCGAGAUGAAUGCAUGAAGGUCCCAAAAAUGGGAGAGCUUUCGAAGCUCCAGGGAUUUUAUGGCCAUAUUAAACGAGGCCCAUGAAGCGCUUCAAAAAUUUGCGCAGAACAAGUCCGAAGCACUUCCCGGUGCAUUUCGCGGAAGCUUAAACGGCGCAACGCCUGAGAGCAAAGCACGAUGAAGAAGCUGCAAAAAGGCCGCCGGAUCUUGGCGCGAGGUUGGAAUGGCUUGGGGAUUUUCUGGGGAUUUUCUGGGAUUUUAUAGCCAUAUGAAACGGAGGACUUGCGAUGUUUCGGACCUUCUCAAACAGCAUGAGGAUCCAAAAAGUGGCGUGCUUCUUGAGCCUCUUGAAGAGGAUAACCAUAUGAAGAACCACGCACAAAAAAACCGCAGAAGGGGACAGAAAAGCGCCGCCAGAAUUUUCCCAGAUUCUUCCCAUUUUCUUCCCUUGCAACCUUCUUAAAAUGGACCGGAGAAGUGUGGGGAAUCUGUUGCGUUUUUCUGCUCCAAAAAAUUGCGCCGUUUCAUAUGGAUAUCCGUCAAAAAGGUAGACCGCUUUUUUCCUAUAAAAGGGGAAAAAAUCGGGAAAGUUUUGGGAUUUUUUCAAGGGUCUUGGUUGUCUGCCGUUGUCUUGCAUGUGUGCUACAGAAAGAGGGCAUGACCGCCGUGGGCUUCGCGGCUCUUGCAUGUAUGCUACAGAACGGAGACUGGGCCCACCUCUGCUGCAACUAGAGGCGUGGCCUGCUCUCACCUCCCUGGGGCAGGGUCGUCAGGAGCUACAGCAGCACGACUCGAACCGCUGUAGCUCAUCAGCAUGGCGGUCGCCUUGUCGUUGAGUGUAAUAGUACCCCUGGCCGCCCUGGCGCGGGAGGGCGGCUGUGCUGGGAGGAGGUGAGCGUCGUGGACUAUUGUAUAUCAGUGACUGAGGGGGGGCGGCGGUGUGCUGUGCUGGAGGAAGGUGGACAGAGCUGGCUGCCACCGUGCUGGCUUUUGUGUUGGUUCUUGCCUAUUGUUUGCAACUCGGUAUAAAGAUUAACAGGAGCCGGACCUGCCCCGGACCAACAUCUCUCCCCCGGCGUGGUGCUGGGGUGGUUGGAGGACGAGGCGCCGGGUGGGGCAGCCGCUACGCCUCCAGCGUGCUGUCGUGGCGGCGCUCCUGGUGGCGGUAGUUCUGCGCCAUUUCUUUGGUCUAGUGAAAGAAUAUCUGAGAUGCCCGCGGGCUCUUGCUUCAGCGUCAAGUAGAGUGGGGCGCAGCGGCUGACGUGGUUGCACGGCAUCGGUGUGCCAAGAUGACGCCCCUGGGGUUGUUUUGUUCUUGUUAGUGCUGCGUGGGUCGCGUCGGUAGUUGUGUGCUGGCUCGGCUGUUUGCUUGCAUCGUGGGAACAAGAACGGGCGGGCGGGGGGACUGGAGGCCGUGUUUCGCUAGCUUUGACAUUGCUGGGAAUGCUCCUGCGGUGCUUGAUCAUUAUCUUGCAAGAACUAGCAGGUUGGAGGAUGCGGCCUGGCGUCGUCCUCGGUCGUCCGCCGCGGCCUCGUCCUGCUCGACAUCGAGGACCUCGGAGACCGAGGCGCGCGCCGCGACCACCAGCCUGUCGGCUGCUGGCGGGCUCUCCUCGGUGCGGGAGAGAGGGUUGGUUCUCGCCUGGGAUCAUGGUGCAUUAUCACCUCGACGGUGCGCGGGGCGGGGUGCGUGUUACCAGGUGGCGAGCUCGUCUUCUUUCUUCUGCAGAAAGACAGCGAACUGCAAAGCGCCAGCACUAGCGUCUGCAGCUGCUCUUGGGGUUGUCCAGUGGUUCUAGACGUAGACUCUUGCUUCAGCAAUUAUGCUGCUGCUGGAGAAGUAGAAGGCGCCUGCAGUUAUAUUUAGCUGCUCUUCCUUGUAUAUAUAUAGUUAUUUAGAUUUAGUUGGAAAGUUGCUCCUGUAGUUCUUCUGCCUGGCAAUUAUAUAGAGAUUCCCCGGAUCUUGUGAUCGUGGUCUCUACAGUACGUAGCACUCUUCGGAUAAUUAUGGGUAUAUCAGCGGCAGUGUCCCUGUCCGCCAGUGAUCUGUUCUAUUUUCUUUGCUAUUCAGAACAACUUCUACUGCCCACAUCUUCCAGGUUACAUCUGCAGAUUUGCGUCUUGCGUGCGAGGUUUAUAUGCGCGCACUUCUUGUUGCCUGGAGAACAUAGCAAAAGCAAAAGGUCUUUGAUUGAGGAGCAUGCGGAAAUUCGAGAGCUGUUCGAUGGAUUCAUCAAAGAGCUGAAAGACGCGCAUACCGCUGUAGCCAACGAAGAGGAGAGGCUCGCACUGUCUGGCGGAGCUGCUCCAAUUGACAAGCUGGACGAGCUCGACAUAAUCUUAAGGUUGCAACUCUUGUUUGUUACUCAGUAUCUCUACUUUUAUCCACGCGCUACGCUGUUCUAAUUUGAUUCAGCACCAGUCGCGUGCGCUCCUUUAACUUUCUAUGUCAGGUUCUCGCUCUCAGUCUCGGUCUCCCCCAUCUCCUCCUUAUAGUUAGUGUCUUUGUUCGAUGGCAGCAGAGUAGAUGGUCUUGCUCUUCAUCAUCUGCUCUACUACUAGAAACUCUUAAUCAGUGAGGCCACCCCGCGCGGGCCGUCGCGGUCGAGUAUUAUCCUGAUGUCAUGCUCGAUUCUAGAUGUUCUAAUGUCUCACUUGACCGCGGAGCCGACGUUCUUGUUGGUGGACGAGUCUGUCGCAGAUGGGAUCGCGCCGGCUAUUUCAUCUGACGGUGACGAAGAUGGGCUGAGAUUAAGCGAGGACUCCAGCACUGGCGCUUCUGGAGCAGACGAGCAGCAACGUGGUGCACGACUCCGACCACGCACAGGACCCAGAAAGCCUAAGGCAGCAACAGCGACAACGUCAUCAUCAACCACGACCACCACCACCACCACCGGACGCAACCGUAGGCGGCAGCAAGAGCAACAUCUGAAAACCCUAGCCGCGCCGCCCGCACGACCACGUGUUGGUAGAGCAGCUUAUCAGGGUUUGUCUGCUUCUUCAUCUUCUAGUAGUUCUACUGGUGUGCUGCGGCCACCACCUGGCGACGCAGUUCAUGUGGAUGCUGUAUCUAUUUUCUCGUCAUCUAGUAACUCUGCUGUAUUGCUGCCGCAGUUUGGCGCUGUGGAUAAUCAGGUCGCGCGUUCGGCUGUAGUACGACCGCAGUUUGGCGCUGUCAAUAGUCAGGUCGUAUCUUCUGCUGUAGUACCGCGGCAAAUUGGUGUAGUGAGUAAUCAGGUCGCAUCUUCUUCAUCUUCAAGUAGUGCCGCUUUGCCGCGCACCCGCCGGAAAAGAAGCAUCGAGCAGCUACAACUAAACGAAGAGGAGAGCCUCUUCGAUGAGGAUGGUCCUUUCCUCUAA